AUGCGGCUCUUCGAGCUGGGGUUAUACGUCAACUUCAUAUCGGUUGCAUCUUACCCAAGGCGUACGCUGAUACCUUACCACCACGGCCACAGUGUGAUUCUGCUUGGCCAUCAUGUGGGGCUUGCACCAAGGCUGGCGCUUCCAAAUGUUGAUGUGAAACACAGUCUUGUACGCGCAUUGGAAACCCACGUCGCUCAACUGGAACGUGAAGCAGCAGGACUCCAACACUCGCCCAACAGUGUGGCCGUCGCCUUGGUCUCAAGGCUCGCCAAUGCUACUCUGGCAGCUGACAGUCCCUCGUCAACAUCGUUCUUCCUCUCUUCACUCUCACCAGCAUUCUUCCUUCGGCCAAGUUGCCCUCCGCUGCUGAUAUCAAGGAUAAAGCCGGAUGUGUCACAGCCGCCUUCACAACCUCGACAGGUUCGCACGCCCCCUCGCGAUGGACCGACGAUAUCUACAAACCUCGGACAAAUUCCACCGGCUGCUCUUGACCAGAUGAUCUGGAAUUAUACCAACAUACAUUUGCCGCAGUAUCCAUGCGUGCAGGAACAAUGGCUGCGCCAAGUCUUCUCGCGCGUGUUUGCCGUCCAUGGGGGAGACACUGAUGCUGCACUGACUUUGGGAAUUUCCCCGGAGUCAGGAUUAACCCACUUCGACUACUUUGUUGCCUUUGUUUCACUAGCGAUUUCUUCCAUCACCCUCACGUGGAAGAAUGAGAACCAAGCAAGAACGGCGUCUGACGCCUUCUUUGCCAUCUCGCUGCAGCACCUCCGCCUCGUCAGUGGCGCCACCGAGAUCCAGAAGCUACAGAUCUCUCUUCUCCUAGCUCACUAUGCUCAUAUGAGUCCCGGAAAGGUCGAUAACUGGGCCUGCAUCCUGAACGGUGUGAGACUCGCACUCGAACUUGGUCUCCAUAAGAGGCCUCCAGAGCUGACCUCGCACGGCCAGCUCUUUUGGGUUCUUUAUGGCAUGGAAAGGUCGCUUUGCACACUUCUCAGGUUGCCUCUCUCCUUCCCAGAGGAAUGCAUAACUGCUUCUCUGCAUAUUCCGAAUUUUAACGCUAUCAACAAUGAUGACACCAAAAGGCAAUCGUCCGCGACACACCUGUACCGUCUGCGAGCCAUGGAAACGGAGAUAUACCGUGUUUUGUACCUCCAGGACCCCAAGGCUCAGGGCGAUCUGUUAGACCUUGACUCCUGGAUUAAUAACAUUACAAACCGUCUGGAUGAAUGGCUGGAGACGGCAAAGGGGUUCUCCAAAUACCAAAUGUUCGAGUUCAGGCAGGUCCAACACUCGUCUGUCAAAUCACGAGUCUACCGCCCCACGCCACGCCUCGAGAUCAGGACGCCUGAGGACCGCCGCAUUUGCUUCACCGCCUGCUCAGCACUAGUCGAGGACUACCAACAACAGACUAAACGUCGACGCCUUUUCUAUCCCUGGCACGCCGUGCAUAUUCUCUACGAGGCCGCCAUAGUGAUGCUGGAGGCUUGCUGGGCGUUGCGGGACUACGUACCAGCAAGACAGGAGGCCAGACAGAUUCUCGCCGUCACCAUACCAGACUGUUUGAUGCUGCUUACCAAGGUCGGCGAAUCAUGGGACGAUGCUGCCCUUUGCUCAAAGUACCUCGCGCCCAUAGUUGACGAGGUUACCGUCGCGUUUAGGGUCAGAAUCAUGGCUGGCAUCGUGGCCCCGCACAAGGUUCCUGAGGAUGAGACAUCAGAAAAACUGCGGAAGCUCCUUUUCCCUGAGGGACCGCCAUCUUGGAGUGCGCCCAUGUCAUCCGAGUCACUGCCAUCUGAGCCUGAAGUAUCUGCUCCUUUGCUGGAUAGCAGCGCUCUUGGUGGACUUGAGGAGUUCAAUUGGGAUGCGGAUUGGAAUUUUCUGCAGGAUGUCUCUCCGGUAUUUUCAAGAGACACUCCAUGGGCGCCGAAUUGA